CUCGCGCGGCCAGACUCUCCACCCCUUUUUGACUUUUGGACGGCGGGGGGAGAGUCUGGUGGACUGACGAACAUAGACUUGUUCAAAGGGCGACCGUCGGCUUGGUCAGUGUGACUGACGUCAGGCAAUAAAGACUAAUUAAAGAGGUAUAAUUAGUUUUAGUAGGUGUGGCAAUGUCAUGUGUCAACAUGGAGGAUAGAGCUAAAGAAUGUAUUUUACAAGCUGCUACUCGGUUUAACAUCACUCUGAAGGACAAACAGUUCGAUGCCAUCAAGGCCUUUUUAUCAGGAAGGGAUGUAUUUGUAUCUUUACCCACUGGGUAUGGGAAGUCGUUGAUAUAUGCCUUAUUACCAAUAGUAUUUGACUUAUUCAAAGAGCAAAGAGGAAGUAUUGUCAUCUGUAUCAGUCCCUUAGUAUGCCUAAUGAUGGAUCAAAAAGCCAAAUUUGCCCCACAAGGAAUUAUUACAGAAUUUCUAGGUGAAGAGCAAACUGAUGCAUCCUGUAUUAGAAGUGUAAAGAAUGGGGAAGUUCAACUUGUCUACAUGAGCCCGGAAAGCAUCAUAUGUAAUUUCCAAUACCGCAAUAUGCUUCUUUCCCCAGUCUACCAAGAGAAAUUAGUAGCCUUUGUAGUUGACGAAGCACACUGCGUAAAGAAAUGGGGUGAUAGCUUUCGAAUCGCAUAUUCUCAGCUAGGAGAUAUUAGAAGUUUCCUUCCCCCAUCAGUAAAUGUUAUGGCUCUAACUGCUACAGCCACUAAUGCAACAUAUAAGUCAGUUUGUCAACGCUUGUCUCUACAUGAUCCAGUUUUGGUUGGCCACUCUCCAAAUCGUGACAACAUAAUGUAUGAAGUUAGGCCUAUUACUGACUUAAGUUCAUUUUGUGGCCUCAUUGCUGAUGAAUUGAAACAGUUAGGAUUGGAGUAUCCUAAAACAAUCAUUUUCUUACAAUCAUAUGGAGAUUGUGCUUUAAUGUAUCAAACACUUAAAUUGAAACUGGGCCCUUGCAUUACAUUUCCCCCUAAUUAUCCCAUAUUGCAACAGUUUGCCGUUAUUGGAAUGUAUACCAGAGCAUCAAAGACAGAAAUGAAAGAGAAGACUCUGGCAUCAUUUUGUGAGACUCAUGGUAAACUUCGGAUUGUCUUGGCUACAACUGCUUUUGGAAUGGGAGUAGACUGUCGUGAUGUUCGUGUCAUAUAUCAUUGGAGGGCUCCAUCAGAUCUUGAACAAUAUGCACAAGAAACUGGUCGAGCUGGGAGGGAUAAUCUUCCAUCAAGGGCAAUUCUAUUAUACGGAAAUCCAGGAAGGCAUGUUGAGGAAAAAGUUAAGAAGUAUGCGAGCAACAGGAGUGUUUGUCGAAGGGAGUAUUUAAUGAAGCAAUUUCUGUGCAGUGAUCAAGUGGAACCAACAAGAGAUUUAUCUACAUGUUGUGAUGUGUGUAGGGAUUCAGUUACUAAAAAUAAUUAUUGAUGUUUUUUAUAUAAAUAACGGAAUAAUAUUAUCUAUGA